UAAAAACAAAAACCUGAUUCUCAAUAUUAGUUUUAUUCUCUUUCUAAAAACAUUUUUUUCCCCUGCAUCGCUGUCAUCUUCUCUCGUGUUGUGUUCGUGUAUCAGGGAAAACUCUCUCUCUAGUGCUCAAUUUCAUAAUCCCGCGCGAUAAUCAAAGGUUUCAAAUCAUGAACGGGUCUCCGGAUCCACCGUUGGAUUCAUUUCCCCGGUUACGUCUCCACCAAUCAGACGGUCUAUCUCGCCGCUCUUCCUUCGGCGCCGAAUCGGAUUCUGAACGUUACUGCAGCGCCAGUAACUCAAUGAUGGGAACACCGAACACCAGCAUGAGCAUCCGAAGUGCCGUUACCGUCUUCCACGAUUUUUCCGAUAUCGAUUUUGCUUCUUCUUCUAGAACCUUCGAUGAUUCAAAUCGCAAGAGUUUUCAAUACGGUUCGAGUGGAUUGGAAUUAUACGGUGACGAGGGUGAUGAGCUUAGUAUGACCGGGCUUGAUUCGUCGGAGUUGAUUGGAAAUAACGGAAUUGAAGAAUCUGAUGGAAAUGAAAAUGGUGGUGAAGUUGGGGAAAGAGAGAUUGAGACGGAAGAGGAAGAGGAAGAGGAAUUUUCGGAAGGUGAUGAUUCUAUGUUCAAUUAUGGGAGUGGAUGCGAUGGUGAUAAUGAGAAUGAGUUUUAUUCGAUGAAAGGUGAAAAUGUAUCGAGUGAGUUUUAUUCUUCGAGGAGUGUGAGUUUAUACGAAGAAGGAGAGGUUCGAAAUGAGAAUCCAUUGCUUAUGAAUUCUUCUGUGGCUUUUGGUUCACAUGAUUUGGAUGAUUUUUUGCUACAAAAUGGUCCAGUUUCUGUUGUGUCUGACCUGUUUUAUAAUCCACGAGAAAGUAAUAAUCGAGUUGAAGAACAUGGGGUAAGUUCUGUUCGAAAAGAAGAGAAGGACUCACUCAUUGUCAAUGAUGAAGUUGAAGAAACAAAAGAUAUUGGUGAUCGAGAAGCUUUAGAAGAGGUGAGGGAUAGGGAUAGGGAUAGGGAUAGGGACAGGGACAGGGAUGCUCCUGUUUCUUGUGAAGUUCAAUGUGCUGACAAUUCACCUGAUUUGGAUCUUCUGCCAGAAGAAGAUCCUCAGAAGAGUUUGAAUAUCACGGAUGGUGGAAGUGAGGGAAAGGGAAAUCGAUAUAGUAAGAAUGAUGAAGCUGGUGCCUCUGGUGAUGCUCAAAGGGAAAAUCUGGAUUUAGAUAAUUUUGAAUUCAAGUCUGAUCAAUUUUGUGAUAAUAGAGAUGAUGUAAGUACUUCCAACGUAUCAGUUCAUGUAGAGAAUGUGGAUGCAAAAUCAUUUAAGAAUCUUAAACCAAUUGUGCUUCCGUCGAAUGGCGGAACAAGGAAAAUAUUAGAGAGGUCUUCCACUUCGACAAAUGUGUUAGAAAAAAGUCACGUGAUAUCUAAGAUAGAGGACUCUGAGCUAAGUGAAUUCUAUGACGAGGUUGUUCAGGAAAUGGAAGAAAUUUUGCUGGAGUCUAUGGAUUCUCCUGCGGCUAGGUUUUCCGUGGGUAACAGAAUGUUUGAUCCACAACAGUCCGUGCCUUCAAGAGAUGGUGGAUUGACUGCUUCUACUUCUAGUACAGAUGAUGCUUGCCUGCUAGUUAAGCGCCCAAGAAGAAUAGAUAGGAUUGAAGUGGUAGGUGCAAGGCAGAAAAGAGGGGAUGUUUCUUUCAGUGAAAGAUUGGUUGGGGUGAAGGAAUACACUGUUUAUAAAAUAAAAGUGUGGAGCGGCAAGGAUCAGUGGGAGGUUGAAAAGCGAUAUCGUGAUUUCUUAACUCUUCAUCGUUGCAUGAAAUCCUUAUUUAACGAGCAAGGCUGGACCUUACCUUUGCCUUGGUCUUCUGUUGAAAAGGAAUCAAAGAUAUUUAGAAGUGCAUCUCUUGAUAUUAUUGCGAAGAGAAGUGUUCUCAUUCAAGAGUGUUUACAGUCUAUUCUCUGUUCCAGGUUCUUUUCAAGUCCUCCAAGAGCACUUGUUUGGUUUUUGUCCCCUGAAGAUUCCCAUCCCAGUUCACCUGUGUCAAACUCUCCAGUGUCUCUGUCUUCUUUUACAAGAGGGGAAAAUAUUCGAAACUCUUCCACUUGGGGGAAGACCAUAUCACUUAUUGUUGAAAUUCCAUCAAAUAAAUCAACGAGGCAGUUGUUAGAAGCACAACAUCACACAUGUGCUGGAUGCCAUAGGCAUUUUGAUGAUGGAAAUAGUUCAAUUUGGGAUUUUGUACAGACAUUUGGCUGGGGGAAGCCUCGACUUUGUGAAUAUACUGGUCAACUGUUCUGCUCUUCUUGCCAUACAAAUGAGACUGCAGUCUUGCCAGCCAGGGUUCUACAUCAUUGGGAUUUCACUCAUUAUCCAGUUUCUCAGCUGGCAAAGUCAUAUCUGGAUUCCAUACAUGAACAUCCCAUGCUUUGUGUCACUGCCGUUAAUCCCUUCCUUGUGUCAAAGGUCCCAGCCUUGCUUCAUGUUAUGAGUGUUAGGAAAAAAAUUGGAACAAUGCUUCCAUAUGUCCGCUGCCCAUUCCGGAGGUCCAUCAACAAAGGAGUUGGAAAUCGGAGAUAUCUUCUUGAAAGCAAUGACUUUUUUGCUCUUAGAGAUUUGAUUGAUCUGUCAAAAGGAGUCUUUGCUGCACUGCCUGUGAUGGUCGAAACUGUGUCGAGGAAAAUCCUGGAACACAUUACUGAUCAAUGCCUCGUAUGCUGUGAUGUGGGAAUCCCAUGUAGUGCCCGACAAGAUUGCAGUGAUCCAUCUUCUCUCAUUUUCCCAUUUCAGGAAGACGACAUUGAAAGGUGCAAAUCUUGUCAGUCGGUUUUCCAUAAACAUUGCUUUAGAAAGCUUUCAAAUUGUCCUUGUGGGGAACAACUCAGACUGAACAAGUCAAGGAGUUUUGCUAACAGAGUAAGUCAAUGGGGAGGUGGUGGAACAAAAGGAGCUUUUGACUUGUUAGGCAAGGGACUAAGUUCUGGGUUGUCACCUAGGUUUCUCUCUGGAUUAUUUACAAAAGAAAAGCCUGAGAAAACAAGGGAGCAUCAAGGCGAAAAUAUCAUCUUAAUGGGUUCCUUACCAAGCAAUUCUUUAUGAUCAGAAGUCAGAACUUGUACCUUAAUGUUGUAUUAGCUUUUUCUUUUUUAACUCAAAUGUUGUAUUUGCUAUACCACAAAUUAUGUUGCACAUCUUAGGAUGAUUCUUCAAUAAUCACAGUUGUGUAUGUAGUCAUUUUUUGGGGUUGUCAUUCUUUGUAACAAAAAUUCAUGUAUAAUAUAAGUUUCUUUUCUUCA